UGUUGUUAUUAGCGUUAGCUAGAGACAGAGAUGUCUGCACCAUGGACCUUCCCGAGCCCAUAAGAAGACGUCUGGGAGAUUUUUCAAGAACUGUUUUUGUGGAUCCGACUCAUUCCCGACUUUCGCCUGAGGAUCAUGUCACAUUUCUUAAUCAGAACAGAGAAGUUGUAUCAAACCUCCCUCUUCAGAUGUCCCUUUUUUUCAACCUGUGGUUCUUUCCUCUGUGGUGGAUUAGUGAAGUAGUGAUGCUGCACCUCAAAUACACUGCUCUCCCGGACUACUACAAGUUCAUCUUAAUCACCAUCCUAAUUUUAAUGACUCUCAUCGAGGCUAUCAGACUCUACCUGGGUUACGCAGGGAAUCUGCAAGAAAAGGUCCCUGAACUGGCUGGUUUUUGGCUCCUGAGCCUCCUUCUGCAGUUCCCUUUAACACUCUUCCAGCUCUUCAAUGAAGCUAUACUAAUUCAACCUUUGGAAAGAGGAGUUCAUAUAAUUCUCGCCUUGUUCAUUCUGGCAGAGGCUCUGUCUGGUUUUGUCGCCCUUCGUGCAAUGGUCAGACACACUGAAAGCCGCUUCCACCUUCGCCAGUUUAAUGGGAUUCAAGAACUUGGAGCAUGACAAGUGGUUCUGCUGCUGAAGAACUGCAUACAUCUUUGAUAAUAUUAUUUGAAAGACUAAAGUGAUCAUUAGUACUGUUCAUGUGAAAUAUUUUGGAGCAUUAUGUCUUUUUUCACCCAAUCAGUUUUGUUAUAUCAGCAGUGCAUCUUGUCAUAGAAUUUUAUAUGGUUAUUUAUGUUUCUUUAAAAAAAACGAAGAACAAAUACUUGUGUUUGUCUUACUAUAG